UACAUGAGUUUGGUAUUUCCCUUCACCACAUGUAGUUAAAAUCUCAAAACUCUCUUCCCUUCCCUGUUGGGGCCUUCUCACCUUCGUCGCGCAACUGGUUCAUGGAUAUUGAUCUCUUGUGGGCUCUUGGGGGUGGUUUUCAGGUCUCGAUCUCGAACUCUGAAUGGCCUCCGACAACGAAAGCUUCACAAAAACACAAUCAUUCCGCUUCGGUCUCCUCCUCCUCCUCCUCCUCCUCCUGGUUCAUCCAACAGAUCAAUUGAAUAUCUCCAUGCCAUCGAUCUCUGUGAGGAAGCUUCUCUCACCUACAUCUCAAUCUGCAAAAUUACACCCACAGGCGACCCCCUCACGUCAGUUUGAAUCGAGUGCACAUGAAGUGCCGAGCGGUCCAAACCCCAUCUGCAAUAGAUUUCUUCAUGGACUUGAUAAUGGGGCCCACAUGGAGAGAUGGUCCAAGAAUCUGAAGCGUCAAUACUACAGGUGCUGUGUCCAAGAACUUGUGAUCCAGUGAUCAUAGUGAAGAUAAAGUUAUGAACAAUUAUUUGUGGGGUUGAUUGAUAAAAAGAUCAGAAAUUUUCUUUUCAAUUAUCAAAAUUCAACCCAAACUAUCAGUGGAUUAGAAUCUUCUAUUCUGCGUACCGUUUUAAAUAUGGCUUGUUGUUGUAGCAUCAUCUAGAACUUGGGUGGUUCGGAUCAUUGGGCUACUUAGGAUGGUUAAUGAUGAUGACCUUGAUGUAAUAUUGGAUUUCAUUGAAGUAAUUUGGGGAGGGAAUUCAUUGAACUUUA